CUCCGCAAAUACUCCAAAAAUAUUUGCAGUAACAAUAAUGUCCGGGGAUGAAGUAAAGUAAAACAGAGAGAAAACAAGCAUCCCAGUUUAUCUGGAGGAUCAACCAGACAGGCCACCAGGAGGAUCAACAGGUGUAAAGUCGACUGCCCCCUAUUCUCCCACGAUGGUCGAGCACCUGGCAGAAAGUAAAUUUAAACGCAACAGAAGAAGACGGCAGAAGUCAUCGAGAUUUGCAAUGCAACGGGAGAAAACGGCAGAAAUUAUCGACAACAUUCUUGCAGAAAAUUUCCAAAGCUCAGAGGAUAAUCCAGUUUUCUAGAAGGAAGAGGGUGCAUAAUGGCGUUAGCAGGCAUUCUUCGACGAUCUCAGACCAAACACUGCACACUUGGUUUGGCUCAGGUUGUUGCACAGAGAGAUGGGGUUUUGUUCGGAGCUUUCGCUUUUGCUCAGAGGUGGACAACCGCUGCAAGGGUUUUUAGUUCAAAGGGAUCUGGAAGUGACAUUGUUGGAAUGGAUCUUGUUAACUCUAAGUCACACAAUGGAGUAACAGAGGGAAAGGUUCCUCAAAAAUCUCCAAAUAGCCAUGUUUGGGUUGAAACAAAUGAACAGCAGUAUUUGGCUAGUCGAACUGGUGCACUUCUUACAGGAAAAAUGAAAGGAGCUGCAGAAUCAUAUAUUAGGAGUGUUGUAAAUGGUGCUGUAACUCUUCCUUCUUAUUUUAGUAAUAUGCAAAGGCAGGCUGUAAAUGCUGUGGGAAGAAUUACUGGGUUUUCCACUGCUAGUGGACCAGUUGAGGGAACAUCCACAAAUGGUGAUGCCUCAAUGCAGAAUGUGGUAGACCCCAAAAAGAACAUUAAUCGUCCAUUAUCACCUCAUCUUAGUAUUUAUGAGCCACAACUUACUUCAACCUAUUCAAUUUUCAAUAGAAUCUCCGGAGCGUUCUUAACUGCUGUACUUUUGUCUGGUCUCCUUUUUGUCUUGGAAAUAGGUCCUUUAAGCCUUACUUAUCCUAGUCUCUAUACCUAUCUUCAUUCUCAGUCGAUUUUCCAAAAUUGACUCUAAGUUUGUUUAAUUUUACUUUAUUAGCAUUUUGCUAUCAUAUAGUUAAUGGGCUUCGUCAUAUAUGGUGGGAUCUGGGUUUUCCCCUGGAGUCAUUUUGAGGAAUUCGGAUUUCUGAAUUUCUUAUGCUAUGUAUAGCUUUCUCAGCUUUUGCAAAGAUCAUCCAAAAACUCUAUUUCUGAGGAACAGGGUGAAUUGAAUGGCAAUAAACUCACCUUCAUUGUGGAAUAUUGGAGGGGAAGCAAUAGUUUUCGUUUCCCUCAAGUAGAACAGUACUUUGUUUUUCUUGAGUUGAUGUUUGGCAAAGUUCCUGAACGAUCCCAAAUUUGAUAUGUAAAACUUAUUAAUGAAAUAUUACUUGUGGCUGUUUUUUCCGUUGA